GCUAAAUGUACCUAUAGCGCAAGCCACCACAAUCCUCUCCAAGACAAAGAUGUCUGAUUCGUUUCCUUUGUUGUGAUAGUGAAAAUACGAAUCUUACGGUUCUUAUUUUGUAUCCCCGCUUUAAAAGCAAGAAAUCAAGUAGUUAUCUUCUAUCAGUAUUUAUCACACUUAAAAAUGAGUGGCGGAGUGUAUGGCGGAGAUGAAGUUGGAGCUCUUGUCUUUGACAUGGGCUCAUACUCAGUGAGAGCUGGAUAUGCAGGAGAGGAUUGUCCCAAGGCUGAUUUUCCUACUGUGAUUGGUGUGACUCUGGACCGGGAGGAUGGCAGUACACCGAUGGAGACAGAUGGAGAGAAGGGAAAGCAGAGCGGCACCACCUAUUACAUCGACACUAACCAGCUCAGGGUCCCUAGAGAGAACAUGGAGGUCAUGUCACCUCUCAAAAAUGGGAUGAUUGAGGACUGGGACAGUUUCCAAGCCAUUUUAGAUCACACCUACAAAAUGCACUUCAAAUCAGAGCCCAGUCUGCAUCCAGUCCUGAUGUCAGAGGCCUCGUGGAACACACGAGUGAAGAGAGAGAAGCUGACUGAGCUAAUGUUUGAGCAUUACAACAUUCCUGCUUUCUUCUUGUGUAAAUCUGCUGUCCUGUCUGCGUUUGCCAAUGGGCGAUCCACAGGUUUAGUGUUAGAUAGUGGAUCAACACACACAACAGCUAUUCCAGUGCAUGAUGGUUAUGUUCUACAACAAGGAAUUGUAAAGUCUCCUCUUGCUGGCGACUUCAUGAGUAUGCAAUGUAGAGAGUUGUUCCAAGAGUUAAGUGUUGAAAUAGUACCUCCGUAUAUGAUUGCAUCAAAGGAUUCAGUUCGUGAAGGAGCCCCCGCCAGUUGGAAGAAGAAAGAGAAACUACCUCAAGUUACCCGUUCAUGGCAUAACUAUAUGUGUAAUACUGUCAUACAGGAUUUUCAGGCCUCUGUGCUACAGGUUUCAGAUUCAUCCUAUGAUGAACAAGUAGCUGCCCAAAUGCCCACUGUUCACUAUGAGCUGCCUAAUGGGUACAACUGUGAUUUUGGAGCGGAAAGACUUAAAAUCCCUGAGGGUCUGUUUGAUCCUUCAAAUGCUAAGGGUCUAUCAGGGAACACCAUGCUGGGAGUCAGCCAUGUUGUGACCACAAGUGUUGGCAUGUGUGACAUAGACAUUCGACCAGGUCUGUAUGGCAGUGUGGUAGUUACAGGAGGAAACACUCUCAUCCAAGGGUUUACAGACAGGCUUAACAGAGAACUCUCGCAGAAGACGCCACCAAGUAUGCGCUUGAAAUUGAUAGCCAAUAACACAACUGUUGAGCGCAGAUUUAGUGCCUGGAUUGGGGGCUCCAUCCUCGCAUCCCUGGGAACUUUCCAGCAAAUGUGGAUUUCUAAACAGGAGUAUGAGGAAGGUGGGAAACAGUGUGUUGACAGGAAGUGUCCUUAACCAGUUCCUGCAACACCAGGUUGUCUUCUGAAGGAGAUGAAAAUAAGAAAUAUACCACCCAGUAGAAAAAGCCUUCUUAGUGGACUCAGGAACUAACAAGGACAAUUGCUGUUAUUUUUAGUGCAAGCAAACCAUAUUUUAAACAGUUUAAUGUGGUUGCACUCUUUUCUACUCCUCCACAUAAUAUUUUCAUAUCCAGUUUGGCAACAAACUUUUCUGACCACCUGAUUCAUUCUAAAUAACAGUGACAAGGUUGUGUUUUGGUACAUGAGAAUUAUGACCCCUUAAUUGUAUCAGUGCCUAGGACAGUUGAUUUUUUUUUUUUUUUUGCACCACAGGAAACCAAAUGUUUGUUAUGCUUUUAACAAAUCAGCUCUUUUGGGAAUAAAAUUGUUUGUUAAACUGGUCUAAAUUGAUCUCAUUUUGUUUGAAUAGGUAAGAAUGUCAAUGCAGUGAUUCUGUACUUUUGUUCUAAUAUUUAGUACAUUUUAACUGGUCUAUUCUGACUUGCAUAUUGAGGAAAACCUAUAAUGUGUCCCUUGAACUCAAGAAGAGGGAUGAUUUUCAAUCCUAAUAAUUUACAUAUUUAGAAAGACAUAAUCGAAAAAGGUAAAUACACAAACAGUCUCUGUUCCAAGUUUGGAUUUAUUAUUUGACUGUACAACAUUUUCUGAGAAAUGAAAAAAGUAUUGUGUGUUGAAAAGACAAUAUUAAAUGCGAAAAGCCUUUUCAAUGAUCUCA